AUGAAUUACUAUUUUCUUCUCGUUCUUUCACUCAACUAUCAACUUGCCACCAACUUCUGUUAUUCUCUACCAGCUCCUCCUAAACCAAAUGAACAUCUUCAUAAUACAAAUCACACCUUCGAAGAUAACAAAUCAUGCGUAGAAUCCGUCACCUACAUUCAAGUAUUAAAACUGAUAAGAGAAGCUACAUGUAGCCAACGUCACGAAAACGUCAAAAUCAUUCCGAAAACCAAAUAUCAAAAGCGAGAACUAACUGCGAACAAUGAUAUCAAAGCUCUUCAAACAACAAUCAACGAUCAUCGGGUGAUGAUCGAAUACCUGUUCAACAGUUCUAUAAAUCAAACUACACUUACUAAAAUCUUUCAGGAUCAUUCCCGACGUCCACCAACCUUCUCCAGCUGGAGAGAUAUAAUAGAUAUCAUUUGCAUUAUCAUAAUUAUUGGCGCAUUGAUACACUUUCUCAUAUGCAUUAAGGGAAAUUCAAUGUGUGACCGAACUAUAGGUUGUUUAUUCCGACCGGUUCUUCGUCGCAUACAAACACAAAACAAGCCAACACAUCAACGAGCAUCACCACUCUCGAAUUACGCUGCCCCUAAAACAGCGCCAAAAAUCACUACAGUAUCAGAACACUUACGCAGUCUUUCCAAAAUAGCAGAUUAUAAUAUUCCACCAUCUUCAGCCAAUUAA